AUGUUUUUUUCUUGUUAUUUUCACUUUACAGAUAUCUUCUCGUUUUCCUUUUCUUAUUUCAAAUGGUUUUUCUUUUGCUCUUCAUUAUUUUGUGUUUCUCGUUCUUUCUAUUUGUUUCCCAUAUUUCAUUCUCUUUAUAGGUUAACUUCUUCCCGAUUUUUAUCUUCCUUAUUAUUAUUUUAUUCAUUGUUAUCUUGUCUUGUCUUCUUUCUCUUCCCUUUCGAUAUCUUCUUCUUUUUAUAUUCUUCAUCUUUUUUUAGUCCCUAUUUUUUUUCCUCUUAUUUCAUUUAUCGCAUCCUUCUUUUUCUCUCUUCAUUUGCUUCCAAAUAUAAACUUCUUUUUCUCUUUAUUUCAAUGUCUCUAUUGUUCAAUAUUUCACUUAUCCCUUUGCUUUCUUCUUUAUCUCACUUUAUAUUUCCUUUUUCUUCAUCGUAUUCUCGUCUCCAUUUUAACUUAUUCUCUUUUUUAUUUUCUUUGUCUUCCUCUUUUUCCGUUUUUGUUUUUUUCUUCCCUUUACUAUAUAAUUUAUCUUUUAUUUUUUUUAAUUUUUAUCUUAUUCUCGGCUACGUUUCUUUAUUUUUGAUUGUUUUCUAUUUAUUCUUAUUACUUCUAUCUUUCUCCUUUUCAUUCAAGUAUGAUUAUCUUCCAUUUUCCAUUCUUUUAUCAUUCCAACUUUUUCUCAUCUUCUUCAUCAAAAUUAUGCCUCAAUAUUUCUUCUACAAAUUUUUCUUUCUUUUCUUCAUCUUCUUUCUCGUAUUUCCUUUAGAUACCUUUUUACAACGCUGGUCUGACAUCCUGUUCUCAUUCAAAUUUCUUCUUCUUCUUCUUCUUCUUCUUCUUCUUCUUCUUCUUCUUCUUUCUCUUCUGCCCUUCCACAUUUUUAACAAUUAUUAA